ACGCGUUCAUUUGCUGUAACCUACAACCUAACCAACAAUUUCACCCUAGUAAUAGCAGGACAUUUCGUAAAUAUUCAGCUAAUCAAUUAAUUAAAUAAUUAAAAAAAUGGUCGAGGCAAUGAGACAAAAUAUCGCCGAGAUGAUCAAAGGCAUCGAAAGAUACAAUCCUGAUCAUCUGCCAACACUGGAGCAAUACGUUGAGGUUCAGACUCGUGAGAAUGCUUAUGAUUUAGAAGCGAAUUUGACGGUACUAAAAUUAUACCAACUCAACCCACAUACUUUUAAAAACGAUGUUACGGCUCAGAUAUUAUUGAAGGCCCUCACUAAUUUACCUCACACUGAUUUCGUUCUGUGCAAAUGUCUACUGAGUGAAAAAAUCAUGCAAGAAGAUCUUAUCAAUCAGGUCAUUUACCUGGGAGACAUCUUGGAGCGAUGCGACUUCCAGCACUUCUGGGAACGAAUGGCCCAGAUCCCCAUGACUGAGCUCUGCGACCGGAUCGUUGGCUUCAAGGACUCGGUGAGGAAAUUCGUCUGUCAUGUUGUCGGAAUCACUUUCCAGACUAUCGACAAGGGUCUUCUGGCUCAACUUCUUGGCAACAUUGACGAUGGAACUUUGAAACACUGGGUCAAGAAGUACGGCUGGCAAGAGCAAAGCAAAAAUGUCAUUUUCAUCGCCAAUCAGGACGAGAACAUAAAAACCAAAAACAUCACCGAGAAAAUUGAUUUUGAAAAUGUCGCUGGACUUAUGGCUGCCUGUCUCUAAAGUUCUUUUUUUUUUUUUAUUAUUAUCAAUGCCAUUGAAGUUGAUUUUUAUAUAAAUUUACAAAAUAACUCCACUAGUACAGAAUUAACAGUCACAGUGAUUACAUAAUUUUCAUAUAAAUAUAAAUAUUAAUUAAUUUCAUUCGGAGCGACUUGAUUUGUUCGUAAGCGUAAUCAAUAAAUUUAAAAUUUAAUCCUAUAA